AAGUGUCGUGUGGUACACAAGUUACUAGUUCAUGUCUUAACGAAUUGCGAGUUUUAGAACGGAUACAAGAAGAAAUUACUGGAACUGUGCUCGCUACAAACGUUAACGAUAUAACAUCGUAAUAUUUACUCAUUUCCUCCCUUAGUAUACCUCGAUAAUUACUAAUCAUGUCGGAUUGGGACACCGUGCCAAUUACUUUGCGUAAACGCGCCCCAAAAGCAGCUACCAUGAAGUCAGAACAGGCAGUUAAUGCGGCUAGACGUCAAGGUGUUGCCGUUGACACACAAUCCAAGUGGGGUGGAGGUGCCAACAAACAACAUGUGACCACAAAAAAUACAGCCAAACUCGAUCGUGAGACUGAAGAACUCAAACAUAACAAAGUUCCACUUGAUCUUGGCAAGCUUAUACAACAGGGGCGGCAAGCCAAAGGAUUAUCUCAAAAAGAUCUCGCAACAAAAGUGAACGAAAAACCGCAAGUCAUCAACGAUUACGAAGCAGGUAGAGGCAUACCAAACCAAUUGGUAAUCGGAAAGAUCGAACGUGUCCUGGGAACCAAACUACGCGGAAAAGAUCGUGGCCAGCAACUGUUGCCCCCCGGGACAAAGAAUUAAAUCUCGGGGGAACAAAUUCUCAACUUUUAGUCUUAAGGCCAGUUUUCAUCCACUUAUAAUUAGAAUUGUAUAUUAUAUGAGUUGUGAAUAACUUGCAAAAUAAUGGUCAUGUAUAUUCAGACGAUCAUCAGUUCAAUUAUAAAGGAUGUUAAAACAACUUCCAAACAUCAAGAUUAUUUACAUUACUAGGACAACAAUCACGUAUAUUACUUGUAUGUUGUAAACUUGUAUAAGUAGUCAUCUUUUUGAAUGGUACAUCUGAGCCUUUGAAGUGAAUCCAAACAUUUUUACAUUUCUGAAAGGUUUGUAUGCCAGACGUGAUUUUUUCACAAUAAUUACCUGAUAGCUUCAAGCUUCAUUAUUGGUUGUGACUAUAGUUGCUUGGAGCUUUUACAGAUACUUGUCCUACUCCUUCCUGUUUACUUCACGAUAUUUUUCUUGAAUUUUUAUGAUAUUUAGCACAUUGGUAUAUGCGUCAAAUAAAUUUAUAAUGUACAAAUGCUCCGUGUGCUACAUCAGUAUCAAGUGGUCACUGACUCGAAGUACAUUGAAGGACGAGU